AUAUUCCAACUCUUUCGUAGAUCCGUCACUUGAGGACUAAAAAUGCACCAAAAUGUCAACCUAGAACUGGUCCUUAUCUCAGUUAUACUUAAAGGACCAAGUUAAACAAACACUCGAACUUAUGGGACUAUUUAAGCAAGAAAACUAAUAAGAAACGGCAAAUCAAAAUUUUGGCAAGUUUUCUCAGCCGCGAUUCGCCCUUCUUCAGUCUCUUCCUUGCGGCGAAAUCCAAUUAGAGUGAACUUGUAGAGAAGAUUUCUAGAAAGGUGAAAUGGGUUAUACUAAGGAGCAAUUGCUUGCCCGUUUACAGGAGCUUCAAAUUGAUUUCACCAAACAUGAACACCCAGUUGUUUUGACAGUUGAAGCACAGGCAAAGCAUGUUGGGCAUCUGAAUGGGGCAUUGAGUAAAAACUUAUUCUUGAAGGAUAAGAAACAUAGGUUUUACGUUGUUUCUGCACUGGCAAAAACCAAUGUAGAUUUGAAAGUUUUGUCUCAGAGGCUUGGUUUGGGAAAAGGAGGGUUAAGAAUGGCUCCUGAAGAAGCACUUGGGGAAGUACUUCAGGUACCGCUUGGUUGUGUCACCCCUUUUGCACUUGUAAAUGAAUCAGCAAGGUGUGUUUCCUUGUUGUUGGAUCAAGGAUUUAAAUCUCAGGGAUGCUGCUUCUUCCACCCACUCUCUAAUGAUACAACAAUUGCUCUUAAUGCUCGUGAUCUCGAUAAAUUUCUGAGUUCCAUUGGAAAGCAACCUGCCUAUGUUGACCUGGAGGCUAAUCCUCCAGUAGGAAAGGAUCAACCUCCUGAUCUAGCAUCUCUUGUUCCGUCUGAUGCAAUUGCCAUAUCAGGUCAACCAGACAAAGCAGCUCCUUCGCAAGUUUCUGACAUGAAUCAUGCCCCUGUCAAUAACAAGUCAACUGGAGUUUCAGCUAAAGCAGUUAAGCCAUCAACUGAUGUGCAGAAGAAGAAACCAUCACAUGGAGUUAGCUUAUCAAACACGUUUGCUGAUCCCGAAAAAUUUGUUGAAAACUUCAUAGAGAGGACGUCAUCUCUUGUUCUUGCAGAGAUAACGAAGGAGCAUGCAAAGCAAUCCAGUGAGAAACUUGGUGAAGAAGCCUUAUCAGAUAAAAUUAUGAAAAAGCUUGCGACAGAGCUACGGAGCUCAGCUACAAUGUUCAAGAACACUGCGUAUUCUGAAGGUUUUUCUGCUGGUAGUCGUCAUCAAGCAAAGUGACUUUGAGAUAUGCUUGCUUGUUGUCUUGUAUUUUAAUUUGCAUCCGAUGAAAAACUGAUGUCGUGAUCCGAUUCAAGUGAUGGCUAAAAUUGUGAAGUGCAAUUUGUUCCGUUGUAUUUUGUGCAAGUCGAAACGUCUUUCAUUAGUAACUCACAAACCAUUCUACCUUAUUGUGCCAUCACAAUUCACAUAGAGGGCUAUUGUUUGAGAUUUGAUAGAGGAUCAAGAAAUACACGUUUCAACUGUGUA